AUGAGUUCGUGUAAAAAGGGUUUAUCUGAAAGCGAAAUAGUUGAUAUACUGGAUAAGAUAGAUUCAAAUUUAUCUGAUUUAGAGGAGGAAAAUGAUAGUUUCGACGAAGAUGCAAACGAUGCUGAAACUCAUGUGUUAGCCGAAAUAAAUAUCGAUCCUGAGGACGACAUUCUUAUAGAUUCUUCUAUAAGGCGCAAAUUUAACAAAGAAAACGUUCUUGAGUCAAGCUUUUCCGAUUUCCGGGAAGAGGUUUUCGAAGCGAUCGAAUCGGAAGAUGAAGUAUUCGAAAAGGCAACAUUUUAUACAAAUUUGUAUGCUACGCAGAGAAACGUUACAGGAUAUAAAAAUGCCACAAAGGAGGAAAUCGAAGUUCUAAUAGGUCUGCAAAUUGCUAUGGGAAAUUCAAUGACAAUGAGACGAUUUGCACAGUUGCGUACGCUAUUACAUUUCACCGAUAAUUUGAAAAUACCCAAGGAAUGUGGUGACAAAUUUGUGAAAAUACGUCCGUUAAUAGAUGCUAUUAGGAAUCGAUGCCUUGAAGAGCCGGUUGAACAAGAUGUGUGCAUUGACGAACAAAUAAUACCUUUCAAAGGAAGACUUUCUUGUAAAGUUUAUCACAAAGGGAAGCCAAACCCAUGGG